AUGUUCAUCCGCAGUCUAUCCCUAAUCACAGUCCUGACUCCUGACUUUCCCGGAGUCAAGCGGGGCGUCAAGACACAAUUCACUCUUAUUCAGUUACCUUCCGACUGGGAUCAUACCAGAUAUAAGAUGGUCUGCGCCAAGUGCCAGAAAUCACAAAAGAAAACAGAGCUUGCCACACCAGGCGUUAAGCGCAAAAAUGACUUGUAUUUAGGCUCGCCUGCCUCCAAUGACAAAGGCAAAUCCUCAGCUACAUCAAACGCCUCCGGCGUCGGGAAGAUCAAGGCCACAAAUUUUGCAAUCGAUGUGCCUACAAGACUGGCAACGUCUACAGAGCUUGGCUUCACACGACGUCCGAAGAGGGGGCUGUAUAAUGCUGAGGAUAUGGGUCCUCUCACAGGUCGUUCCGUUGCACCAAUACCGCCCGCGUGA